AUGUCUUGGACAGAACGUUUAUUACAUGCAGAUAAUCCAGUUGUAUUCUUUGAUAUAACGGUUGGAAAUACAGAAAUAGGAAGAAUAUUAAUUGAACUUUAUGCACAUGCAGCACCGAAAACAGCAGAAAAUUUUCGACAAUUUUGCACUGGUGAAUAUAAAAAAGAUGGCGUACCAAGUGGAUAUAAAAAUGCACCAUUCCAUCGUGUUAUUAAAGAUUUUAUGAUACAAGGUGGAGAUAUUGUUAAUGGCGAUGGAACUGGUUUAAUGAGUAUAUAUGGAGGCAAAUUUGCAGAUGAAAAUUUUAUCUUUAAACAUAAUCAAGCUGGUCUUCUUAGUAUGGCUAAUAGUGGACGUGAUACAAAUGGUUGUCAGUUUUUUAUUACAUGUACUAAUUGUGAAUUUCUUGAUGGAAAACAUGUUGUUUUUGGUCGAGUUAUCGAAGGUAUGUUAGUCGUUCGAAAAAUUGAGAAUGUACCGGUGGCAUUGAAUAAUAAGCCAAAAAUUCCUGUUAUCAUUUCUCAAUGUGGUGAAAUGUAA